AUAGCACAGUUGCGUCUUCCUCUUCCCUUGCGUUUCACCAACAUACAACAACAAAGCAGCACAAAACAGCACACCUUAUCCUCUCUCUCUCUCUCUCUCUCUCUCUCUCACAGCUUGAAUUCCAAUCUUCAUGGAGUCUGCCCUAUCUCUCUCCACCGCUAAAAUGCUCGCUCGCUCCCCUUUUCAGCUUCACGCCCGGAGUCGCUUCGGCCUCCUCAACAUAUACCCCCAAUUUCGCCGCAAUAUCAACUAUUACCUCCCCAGAUUCCCCUUCAAAUCACACGCUCCUCAUAACCUCCAAGUUUCCGCCUCCAUAUCAGCCAGGCCCUCCUCGGAGCUGCGGAAGAAGCCCAACAACUCUGAGCCCGACGACAAGCUCACCGCGAUACGCGAGCUCUUUGUCAGGCCCGAUAUCAACAUUGAUGCCUAUAUCAUUCCAUCUCAGGAUGCUCAUCAGAGUGAAUUUAUUGCUGAGUGCUAUACAAGGAGAGCAUACAUAUCAGGUUUUACUGGUAGUGCAGGCACUGCUGUUGUCACAAAAGAUAAAGCAGCUCUUUGGACAGAUGGUCGCUACUUCCUCCAGGCUGAGCAACAGUUGCCCUCUGGCUGGAUUCUCAUGAGGGCUGGUAAUUUAGGAGUACCUACGACGAGUGAGUGGCUCAAUGGAAUCCUGGCUCCUGGCAGCAGAGUUGGGAUAGACCCUUUCCUGUUUUCUUCCGAUUCUGCAGAUGAAUUGAAAGAGGCCAUAUCUCAGAAGAAUCAUGAGUUGGUGUGCGUAUCUGAUGUUAAUCUCGUGGAUGAGAUAUGGAAAGAAUCCAGACCAAAGCCUCCAAAUAGACUUGUCAGAGUUCAUGACCUGAAAUAUGCUGGUGUAGAUGUGUCAUCCAAGCUGUCUUCAUUGAGAUCUGAACUAAGUAAUGCUGAUUCAUCUGCAAUUGUUAUCUCAAUGCUGGAUGAGAUUGCAUGGCUGUUGAACUUGAGAGGUAGUGAUAUACCACAUUCACCAGUCAUGUAUGCCUAUUUAAUCGUUGAGAUUGAUGGAGCAAAAUUGUUUAUAAAUGAUGCCAAAAUCAACCCUGAUGUAAUGGAUUAUUUGAAGAAUGCUGGGAUUGAGGUGAGACCAUACGAGUCCAUCCUUUCUGAAGUUGAAAGUUUGGCUGCAAAAGGGGCAUGCCUUUGGCUGGACACAUCAUCUGUUAGCAUUGCAAUUGUGAAUGCUUUCAAAUCUGCCUGUGAUAAGUACUCUGGCACUUCCGGAAAUGUCAAUAAAAACAAAAGGACUGUGGCAAAUGGCCCUGUCAACAAGUCACGUGGACCUGCUGCAGUGUAUAAGAGCUCACCUAUUUCUUUUGCUAAAGCCAUAAAAAAUGAAGCUGAAUUAGAAGGAAUGCGCAACUCUCAUCUCAGGGAUGCAGCAGCUAUGGCCCAGUUUUGGGCAUGGCUAGAGGAGGAAAUUGGUAGUGGUGCCAUUUUGACAGAAGUAGAUGUUGCGGAUAAGCUUCUUGAAUUCCGAUCUAGGCAAGAUGGUUUUCUGGAUACAAGUUUUGAUACUAUAAGUGGUUCCGGUGCAAAUGGUGCAAUCAUUCAUUACAAACCAGAACCUAACAAUUGUAGCAUAGUAGAUCCCGAGAAACUCUUCCUACUGGAUAGUGGAGCUCAAUAUAUUGAUGGAACAACUGAUAUUACUAGGACUGUACAUUUCGGCCAACCUUCUUCAUGGGAAAAAGAAUGUUUCACCAGAGUCCUUCAGGGUCAUAUUGCUCUUGAUCAGGCUAUUUUUCCUGAUAAUUACCCUGGAUUUGUAUUAGAUUCCUUUGCAAGAUCAUCAUUGUGGAAGAUUGGUCUUGAUUACCGUCAUGGUACUGGUCACGGAGUAGGAGCUGCACUGAAUGUUCAUGAAGGCCCUCAAAGUAUCAGCUUUCGCUUUGGAAAUAUGACCCCAUUGCUGAGGGGCAUGAUUGUCAGCAACGAACCUGGUUAUUAUGAAGACCAUGCAUUUGGCAUCAGGAUUGAAAAUCUUCUUUGUGUGAAAGAGGCGAACACAUCAAAUCGCUUUGGAGGAGUGGAGUAUUUGGGUUUCGAAAAACUCACAUUUGUACCUAUUCAGACCAAAUUGUGCGACUUAUCGCUACUCUCUACCACUGAGAUAGAUUGGCUCAACGAUUACCACAAGCAAGUUUGGGAGAAAGUGUCUCCCUUUGUGGAAGGUUCUACAUAUCAGUGGCUCAAGGAUAACACGAGACCAGUUGUCAAGCCUUGAUACACUUCUUGUCAAAGUGUGCAUAUAUGUAAACAUAUUGUUCGAUUUCAUAUAAAACUAAAAUGUGGUAUGCUGACUGCCAGAUGAUUUCUCUUGUACAAUUGUAACUAAUGCUGCUAUUAAUCAUGAAAAUAGUCAAUCAAAUUGUGCAUCUUCUUCUA